AAUGGCCGCCGUCACCGCGGAGCACUUCGCGGCUCUCCAGAGCUUGCUGAAGCCCUUCUGCACUCCGUGCUUAGGAAAUUCUCUCCCUGUGCAUCUGCCGGCGCCAGCGACUGAGGCCUCCUCAAAAGAUGUUGUCAGGCAGCUGUGUCAAGAAAGCUUUUCCAGUUCAGCCCUUGGCUCAAAAAAGCUCUUGGAUGUUACAUGUUCCAGCUUGUCUGUGACCCAGGAGGAGGCAGAGCAACUCCUCCAGGCUCUGCACCGCCUCACUCGGCUGGUGGCAUUCCAUGACCUGUCCUCCGCUGAAGCAAUUCUGGCUCUCUUUCCAGAAAAUUUCCACCAAAACCUCAAAAACCUGCUGACAAAAAUCAUCCUAGAACAUGUAUCUACUUGGAGAACUGAAGCCCAAGCAAAUCAGAUCUCUCUGCCACGCCUGGUGGACCUGGACUGGAGAGUGGAUAUCAAAACCUCCUCAGACAGCAUCAGCCGCAUGGCCGUCCCCACCUGCCUGCUCCAGAUGAAGAUCCAAGAAGAUCCCAGUCUGUGCGGGGACAAACCAUCCAUCUCAGCUGUGACUGUGGAGUUGAGCAAAGAAACACUAGACACCAUGUUAGAUGGGCUUGGCCGCAUCCGAGACCAGCUUUCUGCUGUGGCCAGUAAAUGAGCUGACCUGCUGCUAGUGCCACUGCCAUGCCCAGCUGCUCAUCAGUGUCGAGGCGCCUUGCAGCGGGCAGGCUGCCCUGCAGCAGCAGCUCAGCUGACUACGGGCGGACAGGAUGGUGGGAGUGGGGGCUCGCCUCCUCCUGCAGGCACAGGAGGAUUGGGAGGAAACAACCAGGCACCUUGCUGUUCUCCUCUUUUUUCUCUUUCUGAAACUGAUAAACAGAAGCUUUCAUUUUCGAGAGGCCCCUGAUGCAGCCUGACUGAUGCUGUGUGCCGUGAGGGAGCAUUGCCUCAUCAGAUGCCCCUGCCUGGCUGCCCGGGGAAGCCAGGCCCUGACUGUGGGGUUCCCUUAAUGAGUUAUUUCCAGCAUUGACUCUGAUGAGUUCAUUCCAGUCCUGGAAUACAUGGAGGGCAUUAGGCCCAUGAUGCCAGCAGUGUUUGCCCCUCUGUCAGAGAAGCAAGGCAAAUCCCACUGAGCUUGGCCCUGCAGCCUGGCCCCUCUAGGGUAUCCCCUGAGCCCCCUUGGCCCCUCUGGACCACCUCUCCACCUCUGAAACACAUUCUGAUUCUUACUAUUGCCAGGCGAGGAAGUGGGAAUAACUGGAAAUAAAUCCGUUUUAAGAUUCUG